UCCCGUCCCCCUUCCGCCGCCGUCUACUCCCUCACGCGCCGCCCUCUCCCUCCCAACCCCUCUUACCCAAACCCUAAAAAACCACAAAAAAAUCCGCAAAAUUACCCCCGAAAAUCCCCAAAAAAUUCGCCGGAACCCUAUCCUUCGAUCGGAUCCACCUAUCCCCCUCCCUGGUGAUGGCGGCGCAGGUUCAGGCGGUGCCGGCGACGGAGGGUGGUGGCGCGCCGCCCCAGGCCAACGGGGUUGUGGCUGCCGCCGCCGCUCCGGCGACCUUCCAGGCGACGUCUCUGUACGUGGGGGACCUCGACGUAAGCGUGCAGGACGCGCAGCUGUUCGACGUGUUCAGCCAGGUCGGAUCGGUGGGAUCGGUGGUGUCGGUGCGCGUGUGCAGGGACGUCAAUACCAGGUUGUCGCUAGGUUACGCCUAUGUCAAUUUCAGUAGCCCAGCCGAUGCUGCAAGGGCAUUGGAUAUGCUGAACUUCACUCCUAUUAAUGGGAAGCCUAUCAGGAUAAUGUAUUCUAACCGUGACCCCAGCUCACGUAAAAGUGGUGCAGCAAACAUAUUUAUUAAGAAUCUUGACAAGUCAAUAGAUAACAAAGCCCUCCAUGACACAUUUUCUGUAUUUGGGAAUAUUCUUUCAUGUAAAGUUGCAACAGAAAUAUCUGGAGAGUCGAAGGGCUAUGGUUUUGUUCAAUUUGAGCAGGAGGAGGCAGCCCAGCAUGCUAUCAAUAAGCUCAAUGGGAUGCUUUUGAAUGAUAAGAAGGUCUAUGUAGGACCUUUCGUUCGUAAACAGGAGAGGGAAAAUGUCUCGGGCAAUCCCAAAUUUAACAAUGUGUAUGUAAAGAAUCUAUCAGAAUCCACAACUGAAGACAAUUUAAAGGAAAUAUUUGGUACAUUUGGACCUAUAACUAGUAUUGUUGUAAUGCGUGAGGGUGAUGGGAAAUCUAGAUGCUUUGGAUUUGUUAACUUUGAAAGUCCAGAUGAUGCUGCCCGAGCUGUUGAAGAUUUGAAUGGCAAGAAGUUUGAUGACAAAGAAUGGUAUGUUGGUAGAGCACAGAAGAAGUCAGAAAGGGAGAUGGAACUGAAAGAAAAAUUUGAGAAGAACAUCAAAGAGGCAGCAGAUAAGAAUCAGGGCACUAACUUAUAUUUGAAAAACUUGGAUGAUAGCAUCGAUGAUGAUGAGAAAUUGAAAGAGUUUUUUGCUGAAUUUGGUACUAUCACUUCCUGUAAGGUCAUGCGGGAUUUAAAUGGUGUUAGUAAAGGAUCUGGUUUUGUUGCAUUUAAGUCUGCCGAAGAUGCUUCACGAGCUCUUACAGCCAUGAACGGUAAGAUGGUUGGCAGUAAACCUCUCUAUGUAGCACUUGCACAACGCAAGGAAGAAAGAAGGGCAAGGCUUCAGGCGCAGUUUUCACAAAUGCGUCCUAUGGUGAUGCCUCCUUCAGUUGCUCCUCGUAUGCCCAUGUAUCCCCCUGGUGUCCCUGGUGUUGGCCAACAGCUGUUUUAUGGCCAACCGCCUCCAGCUUUUGUUAACCCUCAGCCUGGAUAUGGCUUUCAGCAACAUCUCAUUCCUGGCAUGAGGCCUGGUGUUGGUCCAAUUCCAAAUUUUGUCAUGCCUAUGGUCCAGCAAGGUCAGCAACCACGUCCAGCUGGAAGGCGUGCAGGCGCCGGUGGAAUUCAGCAACCAAUGCAAAUGAGCCACCAGCAGAUGCUUUCAAGGGGUGGUCGUGGUGGUUACCGCUAUGCUUCAGGUCGUGGCAUGACAGAUACUGGAUUCCGUGGUGUUGGAGGUUUAGUGCCAUCCCCUUAUGAGAUGGGAAGAUUGCCUCUCAGUGAUGCUGGAGCACCUCAGCCGCUUCCAAUUGGAGCUUUGGCCUCUGCACUGGCCAAUUCACCUCCAGAUCAGCAAAGACUGAUGCUUGGUGAAAGUUUGUACCCUCUUGUUGAUCAGCUGGAGCAUGAUCAGGCAGCGAAGGUCACUGGCAUGCUUUUGGAGAUGGACCAAACUGAAGUUCUCCAUCUCAUUGAGUCACCUGAUGCUCUGAAGGCCAAGGUUGCUGAGGCUAUGGAGGUUCUGCAUAAUGCUCAGCAGCAGCAGGCGAAUACCCCAACCGAUCGGCUAGCUGCUCUCACCCUUAGCGAUGGCGUUGUUUCUUAACCUGGCUGGCAUCUGAUACCUGGACUGCCAAGUGGAGUGGUGGUACUCAUCUUUUGUAACCCAGUUGGGAGUCUUGUCUUUACCUUUGUUAGACGGCACUUCAGCAUUGUGUGGAUUUGGCUUCAGAUUAAACUAUGUGUUUGCUUAAAAUAUUGAGAUUGCAUUAUGAUCGCA